AUGGCGGAUGACAUACCACCGCUAUUCAUUCUAUUUGAUAUUAGUGAAGACGAUGAAUCUUUCUCAAGUGAUAGUAGUUUACUUUUUUUCCAAAAUCUUAUUAAGGAGGCCGCCGCACUGGAAGACACGGGUACUUCUAGAAAAAGGAAAUAUGUCCUUCGAGAUCGAGAGAAAGGUCACAAAACCAUUAUGGCAGAUUAUUUUGUCGAGGAGCCCAAAUUCAACGAAGAGGUUUUUCGUUAUAGGUUUCGUAUGUCGAAAAGGUUGUUUUUAAAAAUUGUGAGUGAUGUGCAAGCGAUUAACUCGUGGUUUCAAGAAGGCGUGGAUGCGAGAAUGAAGAAGUGUUUUACACCGAUGCAAAAAGUUACUUCGGCGAUUAAGCAACUUGCAAUCGGUAACCCUCCAUAUGAGAACGAUGAGUAUUUAAAUAUGGCCGAAAGGACUUCCCGUGACUGUCUAGAUAAUUUUUUCCAAACGUGUGGAUACUAUCUUACCGAUGGAAUCUACCCUACUUGGUCCGUGUUUGUGAAAUCAUUUACGUAUCCUCACAUUGUGAAAGAAAAGAAGUUCAAUAGGCAACACGAGGCGGCAAGAAAAGACAUUGAACGGGCUUUUGGUGUUUUAAAGGCAAAAUGGGGUGUACUUAAUCGACCGAUGCGUGCUAUGAGUUUAAAAAAGAUUAGGAAUGUCGUAUAUGCGUGCAUUAUUAUGCAUAACAUGAUUCUAAAAGACGAUGAAGACGCAAUUGCACCGGUACAUAUUCAGGAUCCUCCAGUCGAGCCUGUUUUCGAAGACACUGUUUAUAAUGAGCUCAUUAAUGAAGAUACGCAUUAUAGACUAAAAUAUCAUCUUGUGGAGCAUCUUGGAGAACAAGAUUUACCCCACCUUUUAGCGGAUUCCGACGACGAAUAG